AUGGAACGAUUCUUUAAAAGAAAAUUAUCUACGGAUAGUUCUUCUCUGUCUAAUCCGGGUAGUUCAAAUGCAAGACCAAUUGAAGUAGAUGAGAUCUUAGCUAAUCUUCAGGCAGACCCUGGACUAAGAACUCGAAUGGCGGAUUAUAGUCCUAAUAUUCGGGAUGAGAUCCGAAGAGCAUAUCUACAAAAGGGACCUUGUCAACCUAGAAGUUAUAAAUUCCCACAAACUAAUCAAUCAGGAAUUAAUAGACGCUUCAUUGCUCAUUGGUUUGAUGAUCAUGAUUGGUUGGAAUAUAGUAUUGCUAAAGAUGCUGCGUUUUGUCUUCAUUGUUAUCUCUUCAAAUCUAAUUUUGAUCAAGUGGGUGGUGAUGCAUUCAUUGGGGUAGGCUUCAAUAAUUGGAAGAAGGCGAAAGAAAGAUUUAACCUUCAUGUUGGACCGGUUGGUAGUGUUCACAACCAAGCUAGAGAAGUUGCUUACAAUUUGAUGCAUCAAACUACACACAUUGAAACAAUUGUGAUCAAGCAAACAAGCCAAGCUCGCACGGCUUAUCGCACUUGCUUGAAUGCAUCACUUAAGUGCACUAGGUAUUUGUUGCGGCAAGGGCUUUCUUUUCUUGGUCAUGAUGAAAGUGCACAAUCAAGUAAUAAAGGGAAUUAUUUAGAGCUCUUGCAAUUUCUUGCGGAUCAUGAUGAAAAAGUUAAGGCCGUUGUGUUGGAAAAUGCUCCGGAAAAUUUAAAGUUAAUAGCUCCUUCAAUUCAAAAAGAUCUUGUCAAUUCUUGUGCUAAAGAAACCAUUGAUCUUAUCUUGAGUGAUGUAAAAGAUAGAUAUUUUUCAAUAAUGGUGGAUGAAGCACGUGAUGUUUCAAUAAAGGAGCAAAUGGCGAUGGGGUUGCGUUAUGUGAAUGACAAAGGACAAAUAAUUGAAAGGUUUGUGGGGGUUCAACAUGUAACCGACACUACUUCAAGUGCACUAAAGGAAGCAAUUGAUGAAUUCUUUUCUUCCGUGAAUUUGAGCUUUUCCAAGCUACGAGGACAAGGUUAUGAUGGAGCUAGUAAUAUGAGAGCUCUUGUUGCGGUAGCAAAGAAAAACAUUGAUGUCAACUCUUUUUUCACAACGGCUAAUAGUUUGGUUAAUGUUGUUGGAGCAUCUUGUAAGCGUCGCGAUGCACUUAGAGCACAAUACCAAGAAGAGCUUGUGAGAGCUUUUGAAGAUGAUUGUCUUAUAACGGGCGGGGCUUAA